CAAGCCUCCCGUAGCCUGUAGCUAGCAGGCCCCUGUCUGGUCUCGUCGGGUCUGAUCUGGCCUCCCCAAACUUUGUCUCUGUCUCUCCCACACGAACUGGACUUGGCCCAUACCCGUCAACCGCUUACCUCCUACUGUACUGUAUCUCAUCCCAUCCGCACUGCUGCUGCAGCCUCUCCAUUUUUACUUACAAUCCAGCCAAGCUGUCCCUUUUCCCUAUCAUCCAACACCCCCCCUGCCUUUUGCGAAUACCGUCGUUGCGCAUCACGAGUCUCACGCUUGUCAAGAUACGAAGUCAAUAACGGAUUCGACAAUAAUUGGACCAUACGAUACCCUAAAACCGACCUUGCUCCGUCGCAAACCGCUUCCUUACAACAACAACAGACGCCUGGUCCCCCCUCCAUCUGCAUCCAACACCAAGACUCUGUAGUCGUCCACGCGGCCAGAACUCCAAUCUCGAUUUAACUUUCCCGACAAAGAUCCUGUAGCGAUACUUUGAUGUGUCUGCAAUAAAGUCGAGCCCUAUUCAUCAAUAACUCACUCGUUUCAACACUCAUUAUUGCUAUACGGCUUCUCUCGCCCGGUGCGAGCCCACGCCAAUAGUGAACGAUCCUUUCAGUUCCAGCUCCGACUCUCUGCGGCGCAUUCUGCCCAAACCGUUAUUCGAUUCGGAUCAUCGCUUUCAGCGCAUUGGGUACAUAUAUAGAAAAGUCGACUUUGUGCGUUUCGUCGCUGUCGUGCGCUCUCUAGAACAUCAUGAUUGAAGACAAGUAUAUCGGUCUGGCUCUUGCUAUGACAUCGGCCUUGGCGAUUGGAACAAGCUUCGUUAUCACAAAAAAGGGAUUGAUCCAAGCAGAAGAGCGACAUGGCUUUGAAGGCGACGGCUUUGUCUACCUUCGAAAUCCCUUGUGGUGGGCCGGUAUUGCGACUCUUGGUCUAGGAGAAGUUUGCAACUUCGCCGCAUACGCUUUCGCCCCUGCUAUCCUCGUCACACCUCUUGGGGCUCUCAGUGUGCUCAUUGGCGCUGUUCUUGGCUCGUACUUCCUCAACGAAGAGCUUGGUACGCUGGGCAAGCUCGGCAGUGCUAUAUGCCUGAUCGGUGCUGUCAUUAUUGUUCUUCAUGCGCCUCCGGAUGAGGAGAUCGAGACCGUCGACGAGAUCUUGCACUAUGCAAUUCAGCCAGGUUUUCUUCUCUACGCCUUCGCCGUUGUUGCUUUUGCCGUCUUUAUGAUUUACAAGAUCGCCCCUGUCUAUGGCAGGAGAAACGCCCUCAUUUAUCUUUCCAUCUGCUCCACCGUCGGAUCCAUUUCAGUCAUGUCUGUCAAGGCUUUUGGUAUUGCGCUUAAGCUUACUUUUGCUGGUCAUAACCAGUUCAGCCACCCUUCGACAUACGUUUUCAUGAUUUUAACGGCCGUAUGCAUUGUGACUCAGAUGAAUUACUUCAACAAAGCUCUUGCCAGCUUCCCCACUAACAUUGUUAACCCUCUCUACUACGUAACGUUCACCACCGCCACCCUCUGUGCCUCCUUUAUCCUCUUCAGCGGAUUCAACACGAACGACCCAGUCAACACUCUCUCGCUGCUUUGCGGAUUCUUGGUCACUUUUACCGGCGUCUAUCUCCUGAACCUUUCCAGGGGUGACCCCCAUGGCCAAAGGUUGACCGCUGGACGAGGAGGAAGCGACGCCACCGGUACUGACAUGGUUUCUGGUUUACAAACCCGUCUGAGUAUGCAGGCGAGGAGGAGCGGCGAUCCCUCACGACACAGCAUGAGCAGCCAACGUGGAGACCGCGAGGGCCUCAUUCGCGCGUACGACGAGGAAGAAGCUGCUGGUUUCGCUCUAACCGACCUCGCCUCGGAUAGUGACGAAGAUGUUCGGCACGCCAACGGCAAUGGCAAAGCGAGCUAUGACGAAAACAUCGAGCUCGAUAACCGCCACAAGUCAGGCGAUCGGUGAUGGUCUGCGACGUUCCCAGCUAUGUGAGGGCGGAGUAAAAUAAUAUCGGUUAACCACCGGUCAUCAGCUCCGCAAACGAUAUCUUGCAUGUUUCAUUAUCUCAAACAGGCAUUGUACAUUUUCAAACCAUUUGACCGGGCAUUUCUCUCGGAGUAUGGGCUGCAUUCGCGGAUGGUACAUUACGCAACGACAUACUUUAAUGUUGGUGCCAACUGUGUUUUGCCUAUGCCAAACGUGAUUGGGACUCGGAAUCGACGACAUGUAUUGGUUGCUAUUACUGGAGUACUAUGGGCACACGGUCUUGGACGGCGUUGGCGGAUUUUGUAUUGGGGCGACGGGCGAAUCCUCGUUGUACGAUAACUACAGAGCAUGAGCGAUAGGAUGGGACUGGACGGCGGUACUUCCAUAUCAGGACCGUUUAUACAGGGAUGGGUUCGGAUCAAAGGAGGCGUCACUGUCUACGUCUAUCAGUCGAUGAAAAGGCGAUUUGGGGCGUAUAUCACUGCCUCGAUUCUCCAGGGCAUAAACGAAUGUUUCGGGUGUGGUAGAUCUGUUAUCCAAGUCGCAGGGCUUUUUCUAGGUUCGAGGAAGCCAAGUUUCAGUUUUAACAUGAAAAGAGGGGAAGCCAGAGGCUACCUACUAUAGACAAGAAUUAUUACGACGUUUAGUACAUUGGAAUUGCAGGUGGAAAUGUAUCCGACAAAAAUAAGAUUUGAGCUUAGAGAUGCAAAGCCCUAAUUAUAUAUUGUGCUGUCCGCAA